AUGUCGCCGCCCGCCAUCAUCGCGCCUUCCAUCCUAUCCGCCGACUUCGCAGAGCUGGGCAGAGCAUGCUCUGACACCAUUAACCAGGGCGCCGAUUGGCUUCAUGUAGACAUCAUGGACGGCCACUUCGUCCCAAACAUGACCUUCGGCGCCCCGGUCGUCACCAAGAUUCGUACUCACGUCGACCGUCCUGCUGCCGCUCAUGGCCGCGGCACCUUCGAUUGCCACAUGAUGAUCGCCGAGCCCAAGCGGUGGGUCCGCGACUUCAAGAAGGCCGGAUGUGAUCUGUACUGUUUCCACUACGAGGCCGCCGUUGGUUCGACUGCCGCCGAUUCGCCUUCUGGCACCUCCUCCGCAAAGACUUCGCCCAAGGAAUUGAUCAGCUUCAUACAUAGCGAAGGACUGCAGGCUGGCAUCGCGAUAAAGCCAAAGACUCCUGUCGAUGUGCUCUGGGAAAUCCUGGACAACCCUGUGAAGGAGGAAGUACCUGACAUGGUCCUUGUCAUGACAGUCGAGCCUGGUUUCGGCGGCCAGUCGUUCAUGGCUGAUCAGCUUCCCAAGGUUACAGCGCUCCGCCAGAAAUAUCCCAACAUGCACAUUGAGGUCGACGGCGGCUUAUCUGAGAAGACUAUUGACCAGGCAGCAGACGCCGGCGCCAACGUCAUCGUUGCAGGAAGCGCUGUAUUCGGGGCAGCUGACCCAGGCCAAGUAAUCAAGAAGCUCAGGGAUGCAGUCGACUCGAGAAGAGGGAAGUUGUAA